UUUAUGUCUUUCAUUCAUCCCGGUGAAGGCAGCUCGCACUUUCUUCUUCAUCUCUCUCUCUCUCUCUCUUUCCUCCCCCCCGUCCCUCCUCCCCCUCCCUCGCGCUGGGAUAGCUCACUUUGUUUUUGUUUUAACUCCGCGGUGCCUUUUCGGUCGGAGUAGUAGUGGAUGAUAUCAACAGAGCAACGUUUCUUCAUCCCUCCGCGCGAUACUACGGGCUACAGAGGAGUCGCUAGAGGACACGCGCAUCACGACAGAGAGCAGCGCGAGGGAGUUCUGUUUUUAUUCUUUAUUUAUUUAUUUCGUGUGGAGGCUACGGCGUGAUUUCUAGCAAGAGACACAGAAAAUAUCUUUAUUCAACGGCAGCGUUGUCUCUGGAAGCGCCACAUGCCAGACUGCUGUUACAUUUGACGGAUUUUAAAGGACGAUAAAGGAUUACAGGCAGCUGGCGGAUGGUUGACGGUCUCGUGAAGAGGAGUCGCUGCCUCUGCGCAAGGGUGACGUCGGUCCACCUUUUGCAGCUAUAACAGCUUCAACUCGUCUGGGAAGGUUUUCCACAAGGAUGUAUGGGCUGUUGUUUGCAUAACAGACAAGGGAAAUCUCAGAUGAAGAUGAAGUCUGCGGGCGUCGUGGAUGGAGGCUUAUUCACAGAGAGCUAUUGUAACAUCUGCAAUGCCCAGCUCAUCUCCGAGUCCCAGCGCACCGCUCACUAUGAGAGUAAGAAACAUGCCAACAAGGUACGUCUGUUCUACAUGCUUCACCCUGAAGACGGAGGACCUCCUUCCAAGAGACUGAGGCCAGAUAAUCCAGACUGUGCAGAGACAGAGGUGGACAGGAACAAGUGCUGUACCUUGUGUAACAUGUUCUUCACCUCGGCCAUUGUGGCCCAGUCGCACUACCAGGGAAAAACCCACGCUAAGAGAGUUCGCCUGGUGCUGGGGGAGCCGCCCAACCUGCCCUCAGCCAUGACCAGUCCAGCAAACACAGAUUCCUCUCCUUCCACGCCAGUGCCCACAGACCCUGCUGCGUGCCCCCCUCCUCCCCACGCCCUGCCCUGGCCCAUGGGGGUUGUCGGUGGAAACGGCGGGAGAGAAGCAGGGAAGUACUGCUGCCUGUGUGGAGCCUGGUUCAACAACCCACUGAUGGCCCAGCAACACUACGAGGGGAAGAAGCACCGCAGGAACGCGGCCAGAGCACGUCUCCUGGAGCAGCUAGCAGGCAGUCUGGAUGCCACGGAGAGCACAGGUUUGCGCAGUAGUUACUCCUGCAGUGUCUGCAGUGUGGUCCUCAACUCCAUCGAGCAGUAUCAUGCACACCUCCAGGGCUCCAAGCACCAGAACAAGACAACUCAAAGCACCUUUAGCAGAGGAACAGCUGCCCAAACAAACCUGAAGCAACACCAGCAGUAAGCUACGGAGACAGGCCGCUGUGGAAAGACGAGGAGAAGAAGACACAAAUUAUUGGAAUAAACAACAUCGGGAAAAAAGAGGACUCGUGUCACAGAUUGAAGCUUGUGAGAAAGUAGUGCAAAGAAACUUCGACGUGCGUGUGUCAAAGUGUGUGUUUGUGUGCGGGUGUCAUGGGCACCCGUGCAUACAUCUGCAGUAUGCAUGUGUGGGUCAUACUGAGUGUGUUUACUUCUAUCUUUGAUCUAAAAAUAUAUCUCUGAGAUUUAUUCAGCACCUAAGUGUUUGAUAUAAGUUCUCGACACUGACAGUUGCAGAAGACUUGCGGCUGCACAUUGCCAUAAACUCCCGUGUGAACCACAAUCCUAAAAUUGAACUGAUGUCAGUGCGUUGCCCAGAGUGGUAAUAACCGUUACAAUGAUAGUCAUAGAAGCAGUAGUAAUAACUCUGUAACAAGCUGUCCCCCAAGUGCUCUGAAAGUGAUCCAAGCCUGAACACAGUCUUCUGUUUACAUGCACACUAUACAGACAGUGAGGCAGACAGUGGCACAUGCCUGGCUCACUUUCAGACCACUUGGGACCUACUCAGGCCCAGACUUUCAAAUCCAAGGAAAAGAAAACUCCCGACAACCUCAGCCAUUACAGACUGCAUGAAUUUCCAUAACUUUAAAAGAGUAAUUUUUGAUUUGAAUCUUGUGUUGUCUAUAAAUGUAGUGGAUCGGUGUCACUUUUGUUCAAAUGGUGUCAUUUUGAAGCCCAUCUUUUCGUAUAUUUCACACUAUCAAAACGUAGAAAUGAGUCAUUGGAGAAAAAGCAGCACAAAGACUUCAAAACUCCUGCAUUGUACUAAAGAUUUGUGCAACUUUGUGAACCAUUUACUGUUGAAAACAUUCCCAUAGCACUGAAUAUUGAUGUCAGAUGCAGUCAAAGGUGACAAAAAUUCUCUUCUUUGUGGAGACGGGCAACUUGUAGAUAAUAGUUUUUUAUUUUUCUGUUGCUAUAGCCAGAGAAAAAAACACUUCCUCAACCAUGUAGCAGCAAAUGUAAAAUACAACUGGGAUGUAAUCUGAUGCAUGAAAAGAUGUAAGACGUUGCAUUCACUUGCCUUUUUAAAACCUAUUGCUUGCGCGUUUUGGCAAUAGCGCUGCUUUCUAGUGAUAGCUUCGUAAUGCAUUACUGCACAUGCCUGCACCUGAACAAAGAGGUCACCUUUUAGUACUGAACUGGCUUCUUUUCAACAUUUAUUGUUUCCAUCCAUACAGACGCUUUUGAUACUUUGAAUUUAGAACUAUGUAACACUCCUGGUUUCGUCUCUGGAUUGUCUGUAAAGUAAGUUUCAAGAAGGGUUUGUAGCAUCAAAACAUGAGCAAAAAGAAGACACGCUCCACUUUCAAUGGUACUGAGCAGCAUUUCUCUUAAAGGAUGGGACUAAAAACACAGCACUUGCAGUUUAGCUAUCUGUUCUAUAUUUUUUCAAACUUGAUUGUGUCUGUUCUUUUUUUUGUUUCCUGGGAAGAGAGUGAACCACAAAUGACCUGCCUAUAUUUAUUUUCAUCUACAGACAUAUGGAUGAGUUAGAAUUUAUGCAAUCAUACUGUAAUAAUUACAAGCAUACAUUGUGGGUUUGAAGUGAAAUAGUUUUAAAAAGCAAAAAAAGGUGUUUUAUGUGUAAAUAAGCGGUAGCUGCAGGUGAUAUUUGUGUUUUAAAAGUACAAGAGUUUUGUAUUUAUAGUGUUUAUCUGCACUGAAUUACAGGGUGAUAAGGGAAAUGUGUUUCUUAUUGAUAUUAUUGAAAUAUAUUAAUAUGCUGACAUUGAAAUAAAAUGUCUAUUGGUAGGUCAUGUUUUGUACGGAUAACCAUCUAUGAUGAUGGACCAAAAUCUAACACACGGAGGGUGAUCAGACUCACAGAGAGGGAUUUUGACAACAGCUGUUUCCAUGAGGAUGACCAUGAACAACAAAAAGACUGUCCCCUUGAAGAACCAUCGGAUACCUUGUUUGUCUGAGGAUUCAUUAAACAGUGAAAAGGACGAUGCAGGACUACAAACUGUUGGACAAACUGCCGUCUAAAGUGACCAACCCUCUGUUGUCAGUGAUGCCGUAAGCAAAACAAAAACAAGAAGUCAUUAGGCUUUUUUUCGCUGUGCAUCAUGACUAUCUGGAUGACUAUUUACACGUUCUCCAGCACUGGUGUAUUCACAAUAGAAGCAGUGUCUGUGUGUGCUGAUAUCACAGUCCUGUGCAGAGGAUGACUGUGCUGUGAGUCACAUAUUUUAGCAGAUGUUACAUAAUAUAUGACAGAGAUGUUAUCUAUGGGUAGGAAUCGUGUGAUAUGAUGCUUGCGGGUGGGUGUCUGUGUAUGUGAAGCUGUCAACUGCGCUGGCAGUGGGAGACUCGCUGUGAGCUGUGUACUGUGAGCACAUUUGUAAACACACCUGAUGAAGAAUACA